AUGACUGGACUUGAUAUUGAAAAGGACCAAAUCAUUGAAAUGGCGUGCAUCAUCACAGACUCUGACCUGAACAUUUUGGCUGAGGGGCCCAACCUGAUCAUUAACCAACCCGAUCAACUGCUGGACGAGAUGUCAGAUUGGUGCAAAGAGCAUCAUGGGAAGUCAGGGCUGACCCAGGCUGUGCGAGAGAGUAAAAUCUCCCUUCAACAAGCAGAAUACGAGUUCCUGUCCUUCAUCCGGCAGCACACCCCACCCGGACAGUGUCCCAUUGCUGGUAACUCUGUGCAUGCAGACAAGAAGUUCCUGGAGAAGUACAUGCCUCAGUUAAUGCACCACUUUCACUACAGAAUAAUUGAUGUGAGCACCAUCAAGGAGCUCUGCAGACGGUGGUUUCCAGAAGAAUACAAACUGGUGCCUUAUAAGAAAGCCUCCCACAGAGCUUUAGACGACAUCCAGGAGAGCAUUAAGGAGCUCAAGUUCUACAGAGACAACAUCUUUAAGGCUGCAACCCAGGAGAGAGACUGCACAUUACUUGAAAAUGGAGACGACAAGAAGCCCUAACACACAAAAAAGGGUUUUAGUUAACACUUGCAUUUAGCUCUGCAGGACCCACAGCUCUAGUCUAAAUGUCAAGGUGUUAAUUACAGGAGGUUCUUCAAUAAGGUCAUUAAAACUACAUUUAUUUCAGAAUAAAAGACUGAAGUUGACAUUUUCUGUUUAUUCAGAUGUUAAAUAUUUUAUUAUUUAUACAUGUGACUAUUUUUUUUCCUUCAACAUGUGUGGCGCUCCACUCAUGUGACUUUAAACAGAAUUGCUGAAGUCUCCUGUCUCUUUAAGACUGUUCCUUGUAAAAAUUUGAAACUUUUUUCCCCCCUUUUUUUGCUUUAAAAUGACAUAACUUUAUUUAAAAAUUAGAAAUGUGUGUAUAUUUUUGCCAGUUGCAAUCUUUAGAUAUUUUUGAAUUCUCUAGUUUUCCCAAAACGUUCAAUUCUGGUUUGAAAAUUGUUCUUACUGUCGUUGAGAGGAUUUAAGACGCUGCUGCAGAAAGUUGUGACAAAAGCUUUGUUUUUUAUGUUGUAUAUUCCUUUAAAGUUUAAUAAAGCUAAGUUUGAUUAAACUGAA